AUGAAUCUGUCAUCGUUGGAGUCAACCUGCACCACCAUCUCCUCCUCCUCUGAGCGACGACUUUUGAUGAACCGUUGCCUCUUUGAUAGCAACGGAAGCAGCGUUAGGAGGAUUAGACUUCACUCAUCACCCCCAGUUCUCCGGUUCGGCAAUCAUUAUCGACAGAUGCAUCUAAAUGCUUCAUUUGAGGUCCCGACGACUAGAUCUCAAGUUAUCGUCGAUGGCAGUGUAACGGAUCAGCAGCCGACGGCGUCGUUGUUUAGGAAGUGGGAGAACACCAGAACAGCUGCAUUUGAGCAGUUCAGCUACCAUGAGAUCUGUGGUUGCAAUAGUUUCCUGUGA